UAUUUUAUGCUCGUUAUGAAUGUAAAUAUUUGCGAUGUCAGUCCACAAUAUUAAUUGACGUUCACGAAGAAAACUAAAAUAAAAAUUGGAAGAUGGUCUUUAGACAAUGUCCCUGGAAUAAAUGCACGAGCAGUGCAAUAAGGAGAAAGUCCGGCUGGGGACAGUAUAUUUCUUACAAGAAAGGGUAGGGUUUUCUAAAAUUACAGUCCCGGGUAAUUCCCGCUUUAGUUUCGGUUUUCGCAGAAUGCAUUGACCUUCAUUUCGUAAGACGCUUCUCCGAGCGGGCUGUUGGUGAAUAGGCUGCGGGUUACCUGCAGGUUUAACAGCCGUACAACUUAACAAAGUUGCAUGUCAGGCAUAAAUCUUCGGUAGUUAUUUUUCGACUUGAAACUCGGUAUCGCCACCACCGUCCGAGCCAUUCAGAUUGAAACAGAAAGCAAGAAAAUUGAAAGUCCAGGAAACAGAGUGUCCCCAGUCCGCCGAAUCGAACGCGAGUUUUGCGGGCUCUCGGGAGACAGCGUUCAGCGCGUUGGCAGAUGAAGGGAAUUCUGGAAAUGGAUUUAAACCUACAAAUAUAUUUUUAUUUUGUGCUGUUUGCAAACCUUUACUCUGCACAAGAGUUCAUGACUUUGAAGUGCGAGGAGACGGUGACGGGAAUAUUUAACGAGGACACGAUAUUGCCAUGCAACCUGACAACAGCAGAGCCAUAUACAAUCACAAACAUUGAAUUGCAGAAAGAUGAUGGAAAUUCUGGACUUGUUUUUAAGUUUGAUGGUAGUCAUAAUGUCAGUAAAGCUCAGAAUCGAAUUAAAUUACUGCGUUCGGAUCUACAAAAUGUGUCGCUGGUACUUCAAAAAACAGAACUCUCAGAUAGUGGGAAAUAUAUUUACUUUUUGCAAGCAAAUAUAGGAUAUAAGCAAGUUAACGUCGUUUUAGUGGUUAAAGCUCCCUACAGUUUGCCAAAACUGGCCUUAGUUAAUUUGACAGAAAUGACCAAGGUGGUCAGUUGUGAAACAACUGGAUAUCCUUCUGCUCAGAUUCAUUGGACCGUCAAUGGGAAAAACCUCACAUCUAGGUCAAAAAACAAAGAAAGUGAAACUGCUCAAGGACUGAUCUCUAUUACCAGCACACUUCCAAUUAUAAAGUCAGAAACUGACCAGGAGCAUAUCUACACCUGUGCUGUUUGGAAUGAGGCAGAGCGUAAAUAUGAAGCCAAGAACAGUAUCUCAAUUUCAAAUGUAUAUCAGCCAAAUAAUAAAAAACACACUGAAGAAAAAAAGAGAAAAGCCCUCACAGCAGUAGGUCUCCUUAUUGGAGGUCUUGCAGUUGGAAUACUCAUCCUGGGUCUUCUGAAAUUCAGAAGAUGGCACCAUCCAGUUCGACAGUCCAAUGAAGAAUCAGAAAAUCAAAUGGUUUGAAGACUGCCCCGCUAACUUCAAACUUACAUGGAGGAACCAUCAUUUUGUGACGUGAUGUCUGAUCUGCCUGAUGUUCUGUUGUGCAACUGUGAAACUUCAACAUCCUUCACAAAGAACUAAGACAUUCCUCUGUAAUACCUUGAAAGCAGGAAUUGUGCUUUCAAAAAUCUCAGCUCUUGGGUAAAAUAACAAUUCCAGUUUUAACUUUGGCACUUUGUUGAACUCUUCACCAUUGCUUUUAUCUGAAGUUAAUGGCUUCACAUAUUGAUAAAUCUCAUCAGUGAGAUCAGACUUAAGUGUCAAGGAAUGACCCUGUUUUAUACCUGAAGUACUAAGUCUGUGUACGAAAUCACCAUAAGGCAAUGAAAAGAGAAUAAGCUCUUAAGCCUAGUUGCACUUUGAAAGUUUGCUUCCUGUUGAAUGAAUCCAUUAAGCUAUUUUUCCGCUGAGCUGUACUUCUCAGGAACUAAAAAAGUGAAAUGUGAUAUGUAGUCAGCUUCAGUCGAAAACAGAAGCAGAAGGAGCAUUAUGUAAGUGGAAUACUACAUGUAUUUGCCACUUGUAAUGUAUGUACGGAGAAGGAAGUCUCUGAUUUUAAAUCUCCGCUGCCUUGCGGCCAUACCCACCCAUGGGAAAGGCUUCGGGAGUAAACCCUGAGGAAGGAUUUCGGAGCCAGGGUCUCUAAGGCAGUUUGAUGACGUUGUUUACAACUUCACUCUGGCAUCCUCUGCGACAACGCUGGUGCCAAGCUGUAUUGGCACUUGCCCUUCCCUUGGACUACAUCAGUAACAUGGAGAGGGGGAACACGCUGCGUGGGUAAUAGCCGGUUCUUCAAAUCUUCCUGCCCAGGCUUGCACCCUGGAGAGGACACAGACCAGCAGAGGUGCAAACCCAUGGCUGUCUAUUAUUAUAACAUAUGUAUCUGUUGUAAUUUUUUAUGCUUUGUCUUUUGAGUCAAAUGCAGUGAACACGUGCAAUAUUAUAGAUUAUAAUUUGAUCAGUUGUCUUUUCUCUGUUUUAAGGAUUAGAAUAUGGAAAUUAACUUCUAUAAAAUUUCUGUUUAUUUCAUGUAUUUCUACUUUAAUUUGUUUUAUGUACAUAGCCCAGUUAUAAAGCUCAUUUGAUAUUUUAUACAUAUUUUAUACUAAUUAUUUUGUAAAUCUUAUAUUGUUCUUUUCCUCCUAAAAGUACUUAAAUACACUAACCAUUUCUAAUAUCUUACUCUCCUACACUAUUGCUUAUGUCAGCCAUGCCAAUGAACGUGAGCUGGCUGUACAAAUGUAAGUUUUAAAAUCACGCCCUAACAUUUGGUGACAGCAACCUUAAAAUAUAUCAGGUGGAUAUCAGAUACAUAUGUUAUAAUAAUAGAUCUAGUGGAUCCUCAUAAAAAUACUAUUCAGUUCAAGUGAGUAAUUCAAACAAAAUGAAAACUGAGUGUCAUUUGCUUUAUGUUUUAUUACAGAAGAGUGAAAAGGUGUGGGAUUUAAAAAAAUUGUUUUGUGAAGUGAUUAGAAAUGUUGCUGACCUAAUUU